AUGGUGGACUACGAGACUAUCCCCGGAGAGCCCUCCUUCAAGCCUCUUCCGAUCUUCCCAUGGCUCUGGCUCGGGGCUCUCCGCAUGCCUCCGUCGCAGCUCCGCCCUGGGAGUGGAGGCAAUUCUGCACGCGCGGACUCCUCCUCCGAGAUUUGCGGCGUGCUGCUCUUGGGAUUGCUAUGA